UUGAUUCGAAUCGUUACUUUUAAAAAACAUUAAGAAGUUUUAAAUCUUUUGUAUCUACUGUUUGUAAAAUCAAGUUGUUCAAAAUGUUGUUUUAUUAAUUUAAUAAUAUAAAUCGAACAUCAUGGAUACCAGUUUUAAGGAUUAUUUAAAUAUUAAAAACUUGCCCGAUGAUUCUCGUAAAGCUGUAAGAUUUAUAGUGGAUACAUUAAUAAGCAGCGUAUAUCCCUUGUUAAAAAGAAUCAGUGAUAAGCUACAUUAUCAGAUUAAAGAUGAGAUACCUGAUGAAAACUUCACACAAAUUCGCAAUGUUUACACCUUGUGUGCAGAUCAAAUUAAAAAAUCUAUUUUAACUUUAUUUGAUAUAAUUAAGAUAGAAUACCAGCAAGAUAUUUACCUACAGGAAAGCCGUCAAUGUACCAUAGAAAGAAUAUGUUGGUGCAUACAAAAACUGGCAUCAAUAGAGGAACUGGUAGAGAAACCUGCAAGGGAUAUAUUGGAUACUUCUCAUGAAUUCAUAACCAUUUCUUCAAUGUACUUUGUGAAUUGGAUAGAUCAGACAUUUGACAUACUUGGUAGAUUAUCCAAUGUUAUAUCAAGGAAUGAUUUUAAGAAGACGGAUGAGCUGUCUAAUGAGUGGAAAAUGGAGUUAAUAGAAUGCGUGUGUGGCCUCCACACAGCUGUGGAUGAGUUGCUGCUAUGUGCGAUGACGCUGUGCAAGCACUGUCUGCCUGGGGACCAGUAUGUGGUUAAAGCUCGCUGCCAAGUGGUUUUAAGAGAGACCAAAACAUUACUAAGUGAACUCAUUGAGGGCGACUCAGACACGGUGCAAGCGACAAUAGAGACAUUGAAGUUGCCAAUAAUGCCUUUCAACAUUACCGUGCGUAUCGACGUCUUGAAAGACGUGCUGUAUGUACUAGAGACUAACACUAACACAGCUUUGUUAGCUUUAGUCGUUCACUGUUUCACUCAAGACGUUUCUCCAGUAGAAAUAUUAAUGGACCACUUUGGGCAUUCAUCUAAGACGUGCGCCUGUGAUGCGACUGGUGAUGGUAGUGAUGUUACAGAGACGUGUAUCGUUAUAAAGGAUUUUGAUUUAUACAACGAGAGGCUGUUUCAAAUUGGAUCGUUUGCUAUGUCAUGCUCGUCUGAUCAGAAGAGAAUCCUCGACCUGCGCAGUGGGCUGGCCAGCUUGGAGGCGCUGGAGCCGCACCUGGUGCCCGCCGCGACGCUGCGUGCGCGCAGUCCGCACGCGCGCCUGCUCGCCGCCACGUGGCGCCGCGAGACCGCGCUCAUCAGGGACAGCGUCUUCUUGAUCGUCGACCCUGCUGCUUUUGCUGAUAAAGCGAGGCAAAUGAUGCAUCAAAGUCUGCUGGAAAUAUUGAAAGAGAAUCGUUACGACAACAGUAAAACUUGCUCGGUUAUCAAUAUCGGGUGCGUGGUGUACACUUUCUUUGAAGUGUACGAGAAGUGCGAGCCCGACGCGCUAACUUGCCACGAGCAAUUGGCUCCUUUGCUCAAAGAUUUGAAUAAGGUUCAAAUAGAGUGCAAGAUAGUGAGCAAUCUUCUGAGUUCAUCAAACGAACACAAAUACAACGUAAAGGAUUCCAAGAACUCCACAAAUCCUACCUUUCAACAACUUGCUAAACGUUUAAAACUUCUCUACACAUUGGUCAAAAGAAUCAACUUGCUGUACAAUCCACGGGAAAAUGACGAUGAGUUUUACGAAGAACCACCCGAAAGUAAAAACACCACUCAGACUUACAAUAAAUACGCGACGUAUGUGAAUUCGCCAAGAAAAUAUACUCAAAACUUCUCGAAAAGCGUUUUCGCCCGAACCAAUAUGCGCAGUUCGACAGGAAAAUUCCCUUUGGCGGUGUUAACUAAGCAUAUGAAAGCUAGAAAUAAAACAGAUCUAAGCUUUUCAAUCAAGCUUGAUGAUUUAUGCGAUGUGUCGGAAUUAAAAUUGAAUCGCGAGCCGUCGAUUCUGUAUCGCACGCCUUUGAAAACGAAAUCCUCUUUGCGAAAAGUCGUUUUGUGUAAGCAGCGAGCUUUGCCGUGUGGGAAUACAAAGAACGAUAGAACUGAGUUAGAAAGCAGUGCUAUGGAGAAAGAGAGCGUAUUGGAUGAUGCAAUGAGUUUACAGAUAACAGAUGUCUUGAACCAGAUCAAUGAUUUGACUUUCAACGCAUCAACAACCACUUGGCGUGCGUUAAACUCCACUGUUUCAAUCGAAAAACCGGUCAAAAACAACGGUGAUAUAUCAAACAAUAUUUUGAAAUUAUCGAUAAACAACGACGCUACGUUCAAACGCCUGUGGAACAUCACCAUAAACACUAGCGUUGCGGAUAUCGAAACCACAUCAAAUAUGUCACAGCCCUCUGAAGUCGACACAUUGGAAAGAAUUAACGAUUUAGAUUUGGUAGAAAGCAGAUUGAGUGAUUUGAAAUCGGAACAUACUGAGACUAGAAAUCUCGGAAGGCACAAUAGUUGCUUCCUUAUCAGUAUCACCACGCUGGUCUUGGCAUACUCCAUUUACAUUGAUCAGGUUACUGGAUUACCACCGGAAGCAUCGUCUAACCCUUGGCCAACGUUUCCAAGAAGAAAUGUCGCUGCUUUAGCCAGAGAUGGGUAUCUAAGAAGCGCAGCCCCAGGUUACAAAAGAAGCAUCUCAACCUUAGCCAAAAAUGGCCAACUUCCUACAUUCACAGCACCUUUUGACGAAGCCGAUAAGCAGGAGCAAGAUGAAGAAGCAUCGCACGAGAAAAGGAACUUAGCUUCAAUUGCACGAAUGCGUAGCUAUUCAGCUAUGAAAAGGAACAUACAAUCUUUGGCAAGAGAUGGUUAUCGUUUUGGAAGAUCACAAAACAGUCAGCAAAAUGAUAAGCGAAAUAUUGCAGCAUUGGCGCGUAACGGCCUCAUUCACAAAAGAGACGAAAUGGUUGGUGACGAAUACUACUUCCCAUUCUAUCAAAACCCAUUACCGCCACUCUCAGAAAUCACUCGCCCGCUCGAUUACAACGAAAUUUAUGAUCUACAACAAUCUAUAAAUCCUGAUAUGCUCCCACCGCUUUCGCAAGUGUUCAAAAGGAGUGACGCGAGUUUUUCACCAGAUGCUGAUGCGAUGCAAUCGAAAAUGGAUUAUGACGAUAACUGGUACCUGAAGCGAGGUUCUUUUGGACUGCCAGCACAUGGUCUUUACAGGCCAAUUUACAUCGAGACUAAUGGCAAUGUAAGAAACAGAAGAUCUAUAUACUCUCUGCCUGAUGUUAUUGAUCGCAACGAUAUAGAUGUUCCGGAAGAUUACGAUAAUGCAAAUGAAGACAAGCGAUCUGUAGAUGAAGACGAUGAUGUUACUCGCGAAAAUUUUGAAAAGCGUCACAUUGGGUCACUCGCCCGAUUAGGUUUAUUGCCGUCUUUUAGAUUUACCGGUGGACGGUACAGUAGGUCUGGAAGAGCCAGAUUGUUAAUGCCUAGUCAGGAAUUAUACAGGAAGCAUUCCUCUGACGAGAAUUUCGGGAUUAGGGAAUAUCUCUCUGAUUCCGAAGCUGACACACCCAUCGAUUCAGACGACACCGACAUACCGCCGCCGCCAGUACCUGCUCACACGCACCCGACCGGCCGGUACCUCCACCGACCGCUAAACAACGACCUUCCUAACGCACCUCUCCCCCAGUCUCCACUGCUACUUAACUAUCCGGACACUUUAGCCAAGAACCGCUGGCAGAGCAAGGACAAUUCUAAGUUCUACUACUUUAGGUCAUCAAAAGUUCCUUAUCACUCGUCCGGCAAACGAUACUUGCUGCUUCCCGCUGUAGAUAAUAUUCUUCUACGGAAGGCUUACCGCAAUAGCAGCCUUCCGAGUCGUCGUAAGAAUCAGUAGCUAUGCCAUUGCAAGCUGAGGAAGGAACGGGCCCUCAGCUUGGUCGAAGCCUAGCUACAUCAAAUUAGAAACAAAAUUUGCAUAGGUUGGUUUAGUUGUUUUCAACAUUGGAGGGCUUCGACCAAUGCGUCGUCCAUAAUAUAAAAACAAUUGCUUUGAUAUUGAUAGUUGAAUAUAAAGAAUUUUGAAGAAAGUGGGAACAUGCAAAAUUGACAAUAAAAUGGGGUACCUACCUAUAUUAAUUAUUUGAAAAAAAGGAACUUAGGGUAAACUUAGGGUUCAUGCCCCAUUGAACUUUUAACAUAAAUUAAGCUAGCGGUUAAGAUUUUUUUCGAUAGUAAUUAUAUCUAUUAAUUAUUAAGAAAACGACAAUGGCCGGUUUAUGACUAACAGAUCGAUCGAUGAUAUUUUUAAGAUAUAUACGACUACUAGAAGAUUAUGUUGCCAAUCGCAAAGUGGGUGUCUACUGUUUAUCAUCUAUUUUUAAUAUCAUAUAGGUAAAUUACAAAUAUUACUAAAUGUUACUUGAUGUUACAAUGUAUAAGUAUGUCAAAAUCCCAAAAAAUCUCAACUGUAAUUGAACAAUCUUUCAUAUUUAUAAACAACUGAAAAGUCGUGAUAAUUUAAAUUUUAUCCAUUAUCUAACAUAUCAAACAGUUGUCUCUAACUGACUAGAAUUAGCUGUGUUUGACAAAUAAAUGACUAUUUUUAAUGAUUUUGUAGAAUCUUUUAUCUACGCUCAUAUCUUAAAAUCCUAAUUGUGAAUUCAAAAAGAGAACCCUAAUGACACGUGCAUUAUUAAGAAAAAAAUAUUACUUUCCAAGAAAAACUUAAAAAAAUAUGUUUUCGGUACCAUGAUUUUUUUAUUUGCAUUUAAAGUUAAAUAAGAUGUGAGUUUAGAUAAAGUAGUGUAUGAAACUGCACUUCACUAGCUAUCAAAACAGUUUUCUAUAAAAACCUCGCCUACGGCUCGCAUUAUAAACUCCCACUCAUGUUUUAGUAACCCUUGUUAUGCAAUAGUUUCAUAAAUUACUAUUUUAAGUAUAAUAUUGUCUUUUAACUUUUGAGCUUUGACAUAAAAGAGUCAAUGUAAUCUAUGAAUCUUUAAUAAACUUGGACAAUAAACUAGAAACCUUCGGAGACCACUCUAAAGAUAAUAAUUUUUAAAUUUUAUAUACUGUAGCUCUCUUUCCAUUGUCUUUAAAGCUAAAUAAUGGAUAUUUCUAAGACAUCGUAAGUAUUUAUCUAUUUAUUAAAGUAGGGUCUUAUUUAUUGUAAAUAAAUUUAAACCACCAUUACAUUCUUGUUUUAUUUGUGCUUUUGUAUGUGAUAUAAAUGUUCCCUGAUUAAAUUAUAAGGCAAUUCAUUAUUGAGUAAAACCAUUAUUAAGCUAAUAUUUCAGUAGAUAUUUUAAUAAAAGAAUAGGAUCAUUAUAC